AUACUCUCUGCUCGGAGUUCUUUCAUCGAAAACUCUUUUCCUAGGGUUUUGCCGCUGCGGUACACAGUUUUUCCCUGAGGAGGUUUUGAUUCGGAGAAUAUGGGAAGGGAAGUAGAAGAAAAUGAGAAUAACAAUAAGGAUGAUAUUGAUGGCACAGCAGCAACAAAGAAGAUGAUGAGGAUAUACAUAGGGGGACUGGGAUUGAGCGUUACAGAAAAUGAUUUAAUCAAAACAUUCUCUCCAUUGGGGAAAGUGGAGUCUGCAGAUAUAGUUCGCACGAAUGGUCGCAGCUUCGCUUACUUGGAUUUUCUUCCCUCUUCCGAGAAAGCCCUUGCCAAGCUCUUUAGCACGUAUAAUGGUUGCAUGUGGAAAGGAGGGAGGCUUAGACUUGAGAAGGCAAAAGAACACUAUCUUCUUCGCCUGAGGCAUGAGUGGGAAGAAGAUGCUGAACUUGCAAAUAAAGCAUCUAGUUAUAGUGUUGAUGCAGCUGAAAACUUUAGUUCUAUGGAAAAGCCAAAUAAAGUCCCUAACACAGAAAAGGUGCAGCUUCGGAUUUUCUUUCCCAAACUAAAUAAGGUGAAAUCAGUGCCUUUCAGUGGAACUGGGAAGCACAAAUACAGUUUCCAACGCGUUGAAGUGCCUUCUUUCCCAAUCCAUUUUUGUGAUUGUGAGGACCAUUCUGAUCCUUGUCACGUGGGCAAAGAAAAACCACCUUGUGAUGGGGAAACAGGGAGUGGAGGGAUAAAGGAUGAAGAGAUUAACAUGAUGAGAUCAGUGAUGAGCAAGCUCUUUGAGAAUGAUAAUUGUUCGAAGGGUGCAUUUAGUGAUGCUGGACUGGCUAAGGAAGGGGACAAUUCUUUCAACUCAGUGGAUGGUGGGUUAGGUAAUGAGACUGAGGAAGAUCAUGUGAGUGAUGAAGAUAACCUCAUAUUAAACAUGGUGGCUGGGGGAGACGACAGAUUGACUUUGUUCGGGAGCCAUAGAAAGGAAAAAAAAACUGCAACUCAGGAGUUAAGAUUUAAUGGUCCAGAACCUUCUGAAGGUACACCAGCUUCAAAAAUGCAUGACAGUAAGAAAAGGAAGAUUAUAACCUUUAAUAAGAAGGAAAAACUACAUAAGAAGCAAAAACUACAUCUCAGUGAAGAGAGUGAUGAAAUUGAAAUUGUGUCUGCUAUCUCCAAAACCAAGGGGACUCCGCGAACCCAUCCAAACGAGUCAGCGACUGACCUACAAGGUCAAAGCAUGAAAUCAGGAUUAGGUUCCCAGCAGUCAACUAGCAAUCUUUCAUGGUCACAGAAAUCUAAAUGGAGAGAUCUGGUUGGUGACAGGGGCAGCACUACAUUCCACAUGUCACAAAUACUACCAAGUGUUGCUAUUAAAGACGAAUUACCAAGAUCUCAUGGUCUGAAUGUGCCCUACCAUACUGAAGAGAAAAAACAGGAACAUGUAAAGCAUGGGAUUUUGGAAAGCCAACCAGGCCAAUCAAAAGAGCCGAAAGACCUUGCUGAAGCUCCCGCUGCUCAGUCAAAGGUGGCUGCAGGUAAAUCUGCCAGAGGUGCUUCAUGGCUAAAAGAAUCCACAUGGACACAACUGGUUGGUGAUGCAAACAGAUGUUCAUUCAGCAUAACCCAGAUUUUGCCCGACUUAAGUUUACGAAACAAAGAGCCAGUACAGUCCAACAGCAUGGAUGCUGCAAAUUCGAUGGAUGGUGAACAUUGCAAUUUAAUCAAGUCAAGUGGAGAUGAACCCAUAGGAAAUUCUUCUAAGGCUUUAGGAGUAUACGCAGAACAUCUUACAGUUCCGUGUGGUUCCAAUGAAGAGCAGAGCCCUACUGGUGUUUAUGUUGAGCAGACUAAUCAUGAAAAGAAAUCUGAGACUGUCACAAAGAAAGUUGAGGUUUCUGGUCCAACUUUUGUGAAUAACCCCAUUUCAGUGCCAAAGCAUUCAUCAACGGCAAACUUUAAAAUUGGGGAAACUUGCUCUUUCAUGAGGAGCGCUGCUUCCAUGAGAGAAUGGAUGACCGCUAAAGCCGCUCUAAGUGGUUCGCUGAAGAAAAAGGACAAUCAGAAAUAGGUGCCUUGAGCUAUAGGACUGUUUUCCAAGUGAUGUUUGGAGCUAGGUGAACAGAGACUUAUGAAGUGACUCCUAAAGAAGUUGGGUUUAAAGCUUGAGUUGAGUCGAGGAGAUAUUUGAACCAAAUUUGGGUAAGAUGCCUCUGGUUUCAAACUGUUAGAUAGUGACAGGAGUACAUGGAAAAUUGUAUGUUCCUGUUCAAGUUUGUGCCCCACUUGCCAGUUGAGUUAUAAUUUCACAGGUCUAUUAAUCAAUAAUGUCGGUGCACUUGGCAUUGUAAUUCAAAACUAUUAAGAAUGCAACUACCAGCAUCUGGCUCAUAUUCUUGUACUAUCAUUUUGAGGGAUGGUUGUAAAUCCUAUUUUGUUUUGGCCCAUCUAUUUUUUCCAUGGUUGGUUGUCUUGUAAAGCACAAAAGUAACGGCGACUGAGAUCUUAGUAAGUCAUCAUUGCUGUACCUUAUUUUUGGCGAUUGAGCCAUCUGUUAGGUAUGGCUAAAAGGACUUAAAUGUUAAACAAAGUUGUGUUGCAAGUCAUAUUAUUGAGCCUCAAACUGCACUGUUUGUUGUCUUGUGACCGUUAAUUCAAGUGGUAAGUCUCUUCUUUUUGAAAAAUGAAUGGAUUAGUAAAAGCACAGUAUGAAUGAAUUUCAUUCCUUAAUUAUACAUGGUAUACGCAAAACCUUCACCUAGAAAUGGAAAAAGAUCAAGCGAAAGAAAUAAUGUGCAAAUGUUUUCCAGCACAUU